AUGUCACAGGCUCAGACUCCGCACAGGUCGGAGCAGACGCUCACGCCGACCAUCGAUGACCAGGGGGCUAUCUCAAGCGCUCCCCCAAGCUCCAAGGGGUUCGAGGACACAGAAAAGGACGCAGAGAAGGUGGUAGUCAGCGGCCCUCCUGGGAGCGAUGCCCCCGACGGAGGUAUCGUCGCAUGGCUGGUUGUUCUUGGAGCCUGGUGCACAUCCUUCUGCAGUUUUGGGUGGCUCAACAGUGUCGGUGUGUUUCAAGAAUACUACCAGACUACUCUCCUUAGCAACUACUCAGCCAGUACCAUCGCAUGGAUCCCCUCUCUCCAGAUCUUCUUCAUGAUGGGAAUGGGCCCCAUCAUCGGUGCUCUCUACGACAACUUUGGCCCUCGAUGGCUUAUCCUCAUCGGUAGUCUCCUGCAUGUCUUUGGUAUCAUGAUGACUAGUCUGGCAUCCAAGUACUGGCAGAUCCUCCUUGCUCAGGGUGUCUGCUCCGCCAUUGGUGUCUCUGCCAUCUUCCAGCCUUCUCUGAGCUGCAUUGGUGGAUGGUUCAACCUCAAGCGUGGCGCUGCAUUCGGCAUUCUCUCCACCGGUUCCAGUAUCGGUGGUGUCAUCUUCCCCAUCAUGGUCUCCCACCUUAUCGAGAAGGUCGGCUAUGGAUGGGCCAUGCGGAUCUGCGCCUUUCUGAUCCUCUUCCUCCUCAUCGUCGCCAAUCUCACCGUCCGCGCUUUCCAUCCUCCUCGUCCUCAGCCCAUGACGCGCGCUCAGAUGGUCAAGCCCUUCCACGAGAUGGAAUUCCUCUUCCUCCUCGGCGGUUUCUUCUGCUUUACAUACGGCAUCUUCGUCCCUAUCAAUUAUCUCCCCGUUCAAGCUCUUGCCGCCGGAAUGAGCAACGAUCUCGCCCAGUACCUCAUCCCCAUUCUCAACGCCGCCUCUCUUUUCGGUCGUCUGUUUUCUGGGUUCAUGGGUGACAAGAUUGGUCGAUACAACAUCUUCGUCGUCGUCUGCUACUUAUCGGGCAUCUGGAUUCUCGCUCUAUGGAUUCCCGAUGUUAGCAAUCCCGCCCUCAUCGCCUUCGCCGUCCUGUUUGGUUUCUGCUCCGGCGCUUACGUCUCUCUCAUCGCCCCCCUUGUCAUGCAGAUCUCUCCCCUGCCCGAGAUCGGCUUCCGUACCGGCCUUGUCUUCCUCAUCUCUUCCAUCGGCGGUCUCACCACUAACCCCAUCAACGGAGCGAUCCUCGAGGCUCCUCUUGGUUUCACCGGCAUCAAGAUCUUCUCCGGCAUCAUGUGUCUUGCCGGAACGACGCUCAUCCUCAUCGCUAGGAUCCAUCGCACUGGAUUCAAGGUGCUUGUUGUAUUCUGA